AUGGAGUAAGGUAUGAAGGAGAAUUCCUCAAUAAUGUACUUCAUAGCAGAGGGAAGUUCAUUCAUGCAAUAGGAGAUAUCUAUGAAGGGGAAAGGAAUGAAGGAUAAGCAGAAGGAAUUGGAACUUUUUAUUAUAAAUUGA